ACGGCGCGUGCGCAGAGGGGGCGGUUCCCAGAGCCCGCUCGAGCAGACUGAGGAUGUGAUCCGCGGGGGUCGGCGGCGGCCCGCGGACGAUGUUCGCGUUUUUGGGCGCGACGACCCUCAUGGUGGUCGUCGGGUCGCCGUGGGCGUUGCUUGCAGCCGCAGAUGGAAAAGAUCUAAAAUCUCCGUGGAACGUAGAGGUCUCCAUCAUAGAUGACACCUUUAUCCUGAGGUGGAACUGGAGCAGUGAGUCUAUCGGGAACGUGACUUUUUCAGCAGAUUAUCAAAUACCUGGAAUGGAUAACUGGAUAAAAUUGCCUGGGUGUCAGUAUAUUACUGGUACCAAAUGCAACUUUUCUUCUGCCAAGCUAAAUGUUUAUAAAGAAAUCAAAUUGCGUAUAAGAGCAGAAAAAGGAAACAAUACUUCUCCAUGGUAUGAGGUUGACUCAUUUAUACCAUUUCAAAAAGCUCAGAUUGGUCCUCCAGAAGUACAUUUAGAAGCUGAAGAUAAGGCAAUAAUCAUCAACAUCUCCCCUCCUGGAACAGAAGAUAGUGUCAUGUGGGCUAUGGAUAGUUUCAGCUUUACAUAUAGUUUAGUUAUCUGGAAAAAUUCUUCAAGUGUAGAAAAAAGGAUUGCAACUGUUUAUUCUGGAGAUAAGAUUUAUAAACUCUCACCGGAGACUACUUAUUGUUUAAAAGUUAAAGCAAGACUACGUUUGCAGAGAAAAGUUGGUUUCUACAGUCCAGUGUAUUGUAUAAAUACCACGGCUGAAAAUGAACUGCCUCCACCAGAAAAUAUAGAAAUUGACGCUAAAAAUCAGAACUAUGUUCUUAAAUGGGAUUACUUGUAUGAAAACGUGACCUUUCAAGUUCAGUGGCUUCAUGCUUUUUUUAAAAAGACUCUUGGGAACCAUUCAGAUAAAUGGAAACAAAUACCUGAGUGUAAAAACGUCAAAACUACCCAGUGUGUCUUUCCUCGGAGAGUUUUCCAAAAAGGAAUUUACUUCCUCCGUGUAAAAGCGUCCAAUGGAAUUAACACGUCUCUUUGGUCUGAAGAGAAAAAAUUUGUGCCCGAAAUACAAACUGCCGUAUUUCCCCCAGUCAUCAGCAUGAAACCUAUUAACAAUUCCCUGCGUAUCUAUCUUGGCGCUCCAAAAGAGUCAGAAAACAAGUCUGUGAACCAGUAUUACCCAAUAAUUUAUGAAAUUGUUUUUUGGGAAAAUACAUCAACUGCUGAGAGCAAAAUGCUAGAGAAUAAAACUGAUUUUACUCUUCCUAACUUACAACCGCUGACUGUGUAUUGUGUCAAAGCAAGAGCACUUGUUGAAGAUGAAAAAUGGAAUAAAAGCAGUGUUUUUAGUGAUAUUGUAUGUGAGAAAACACAGCCAGGAAAGACCUCCAAAACCUGGAUUAUAAUUGGAAUUUGCAUUGCAUUAUUUUCCUUCCCACUUGUCAUUUAUGCUGUGAAAGGCCUCUUGAAAUGUAUCAAAUAUGUUUUCUUUCCAUCACAUAAACCUCCUUCCAGUAUAGAUGAGUAUUUCUCUGAAAAGCCACUAAAGAAUCUACUCCUUUCCACUUCUGAGGAACAAACUGAAAGAUGUUUCAUAAUUGAAAAUACAAGCACUAUUACUACCUUCGAAGAAACUCAUGAAAUUGACGAAAAUCACAAACAAUACAAUUCCCAAACUAGUCGAGACUCAGGAAACUAUUCUAAUGAAGAUGAAAAUAGUGAGGAUAAAGCAAGUGAAGAACUUCUACAGCAGAAGACAAUGUGACCAGAAAUGAACUCUAAAUUUUGGGCAGAUUGGUAAGAAUUUUACUGUGGGAGCCUGAGCUCCGUGCUCCUCUCAGUAACUGUAAAGAGAAUAUAAAAUAUAAAUGAAAAUAUCAGUAAGCAACUUAACAAUUUAAAAAUGAAAUUACAGAUGUUUGGAGAAAAGUUUCUACAUUCAUACUCAUUCGUAAAGUCUUAAAAGACCUGUUGUUGGACCUGCCUUUCAUGAAAUGAGUUAAGAGGGCCACUCAUCUUUUCCCUGGUGUAUAAGUGUCAUGGUGCUGGUCCUGUUUUGACACUGUGUCCGUGUCAGCUAAUGCUGUCACGGAUGCUGCUGGUUCCUGUGUGUGUCAUCUGUUCAGCCUCCAUACCCAGUAUUAUAUUUCAUUAUUUUUCAGGAGAUAUUGAGAAAUUCAGUCCUUUCUUUGGCAUGAGGUAAGCCCUUGGGAAAUUUAUUUAGAAAAGCCUGAAUACCAUCAUCACUUGGUUUUCUGUAAAGUAGCUUACUCUUGAAAACAGCCCCAGAUGCCAGCAAGAUGAUCCUUAGUAACUCCCCAAGUCUUCUGUCCAUUUAUCCCAAGAACCUUGGGGUCCUGCCUCAAGUUACUUGCUCCUUACAUGAUUUAGAAUUGAAACCAAGUACUCUUACUAUGCGUUAAAAUUUCAGGAUUAGAGAGUGACGUAAUGCACAUGGCGUCAUAAACAGCUACUGAAAACUUCUCUCCAGAGGUUCAAUGAAGAAAAGGACAAUUCUGAAUUGUUUGAAACUCUGGAGGAGGAUAUAGACUAGAGAAGGACCCUGCAAAUGGCAAACUGAAGAAAGAG